UCCGUCGGUGCAAACAGUCGUAUCCUAAGCAAAUAAAACAGUGUCCCUUAUCAGCAAUCCACUUGGACUGCUUCACACGACUUUGGGCGAUUAGACGCCAGAUUUUCAUACUGGAAAGGUGGCCUGUUUAAUAGUAACUAUAAUUUUAUCGAAACGACCGUAAGAUGGCAACUCCCGCAAACGCUGUGAAUAAAAAUGCCAAUGAAAACGGAGAUGCAUCAAUCAGGACAGCUUUCCGAGAAGUUGUUGAGGGCCAUCGCAGCGGUUUUAUCCCAAGAGCAAUCAUCCCAAUUGAUGACAUAGGAGAGGUUCAACCGUCCAGUUAUGCCCCGGGAGAGAAAGAGCUGAGAUGCAAAUUGGCAUCGCUUUACAGACUGGUUGACCAUCUCGGCUGGUCCCAGGCGAUUUUUAAUCACAUCACUGUCAAAGUGAGUGAAGAUGAUCAGCAUUUUCUCUUAAAUCCUUUCGGAUUGCUCUAUCAUGAAAUCACUGCUUCAUCAUUAGUUAAGGUCGAUGUACAGGGUAACAUGAUUGACAGUGGCUCAACUUAUUUCGGUGUGAACAUUCCCGGCUUUGUUCUCCACUCUGCUGUUCAUUCAGCGCGCCCGGAUGCCAAGUGUGUCAUCCAUAUUCACCACCCCGCCUGCAUCGCUGUAGCCUCCAUGAAAUGCGGCUUCCUCCCGGUCAGCCAGGAGGCUGUUCUCGUCGGCAAUGUCAGUUAUCACGAUUUUUAUGGCGUUCUGGUCGACAAAGCCGAGCGCGAAAUCAUCGUUAAAAAUUUGGGCAACAAUAAUAUUAUGUUCUUACGUAACCAUGGCUUGGUCGUCGCUGGUCGCUCGGUGGAGGAAGCUUUUACCCGUGCGUAUCACACAGUGUUGGCUUGUGAGGCGCAAAUUACGAUGAUGUCAGCCGGUAUGGAGAACCUGAUUAUCGUUUCAGAAGAGGCCAAGCAACGUUCCAUGGAAGUAGUUCGUCGCGCUCAACAAAUGAUAGAAGAUGGCGCUCUCAAAGAGAAACAAGGCCAGGUAGAUACAAAGAAGGCGAUGCAAGUCAGGUGGAACAUAGGAGACCUCGAAUUUGAAGCUUACAUGCGGAUGAUGGACAGUGCCGGCUAUCGAACGGGAUAUCCAUACCGUCUUCCAUCCGUCAAAAGACCGACCGAAAAUUAAUAUUCUUGCUGCUCACGCAUGCACGGUGCAGUGACACACGCGGUCUGCCGUCACGGAAGAUGGCAACCCACAACUUUUUUCUUUUUUUUUUUUUCCUUUUUAUUGUUGAAAUUUUUCUUUUUCAUUUUGUGUUGUUUUAGACACUUUACUCGGUCUCGUGUAACUCAGACCUGGAUUAGGGAAGUCUACUAUGCUAUUACACAGAGGGUAGAAAGGUCGGCGGGUAUCAUGUGCGCUUUAACCGUUUCACAAAAAGAAACGAAACUAUUCGCGGAUGCAGACAAGUUGUAAUGCCCUUUAUUAAAGCGGCAAAUCACCCGUUUAUUUUGUCUACGAUUUGCACGGUACAAUCUAAAAUUCAUUAAUUAUCGACAUUAUUACACAUGUCCUCAAACGCUGAAAAGGUCAGUCUGUUGGACCGAUUUAACGGUAAGUGUAGCAUUUUUUUUUCAAUAGCGAUUUUAGAGGACAAAAGCGUAAUAAUCAAAUGCUAAUUAGCAAGAACAGCGGUCGAUGUGAAAGUCAUCUAACGCACCCGAAAAUGUGUUUUUGCCUUUUGUUGAAAGGCACAUAAAAAUAGUUGGUCUUCAAAAUGUCUUCUUCAAAAAAUGAACAAUCGUUCUUUUCCAGCUGUUCGGUUGGUUGUUUUCCUUUUCCAGUUAACGGGAAAAAUGUCACGCAUGUUUAUGAAGCUAGACUUUCUCAGACGCCCGAGGGCUUUAGCAUAGGUCGAAGAGCUGUGAGCUCGAUCCUCAUACAAAACAUUUUGUUAUUACCGGUACGUCAAACUUUCCAUUCGUAUGGUAACAGCUAAAAGAGACAAGAUACAUUCAUAUUUUACCUCGGGCAGUGUCGAGUGCACGGGCCACGAAGUCAGCGAUGACGAAGAACGGUUGCCACUUGAGCAAACGCAUCGGUACGUUUGUCUUUAUUGAACAAACAACAACUAGUAUAAAGUGGCUAACUAGUCUGGAUUACAUAUCAGUCUUUUUGACACUUUUGAUCUUUCACUCUUUCUUCCUCUCGUUCUCCGUUUCUCCUCAUUUGUUCUCAAUUACCGACCGUAGGGAAACGUCUUAGGGUAUCAAAUUUCAAUUAUUUCCAGUUGAAUGCAUGCUGACUAAUAAAAAAUGAUAAAAGAAA